AUGGACACCAUUGAAUCAGGUAAUCGAAUUACUUUAAAACGUAAACGACCAAAUCCAAUCUUUCAGAACUGGCUGGAGGAAUUGCAUGAAGAAGCCAAACAAAAAAAAAGUAAACUUGAAAACAUGCUUGAAACUGCUUUGGCAUCCCUCUCUAAAUAUCCUUUACCACUGCAGACUGGUGCAGAAUGUGCUAUUCUUAAUGGUUUCGACAAAAGGUUAUGCUUGUUCCUAGAUAAAAGGCUAGAAGUAUAUAAUAGAUCCCGAAAUCAAUUGCCUUUAUCGACUUGCUCAGAAAACAAUUUUAUAUAUGAUCCAAACCAGCCUUCGACCAGUAAAAAUAGCAUUGGCUUUUCUAGUCCAGAAAGUCCUAAAGCUACAUCCAAAGUUUAUAAGCCAUCAUAUAGGUCUGGCGGCUAUGCAAUUUUGAUAGCAUUGUUUGAACAUACCAAAACCAAUAAAAGAAAAUCAUUAAAUAAAGAUACAAUAAUAGAAUAUGCUCAGAAAUAUUGUGAUGAUUCAUUUACUGUUCCAAGUCCUGAUUCUUUUUAUACAGCUUGGUCUAACAUGCAAAGGUUAAUCACAAAAGGGCUGGUAAAAGAAAGUAAUCAUAAUAAUGAGUAUUCUUUGACAGAAAAUGGAUUUGUAUUAGCAAAUGAUUUGUUGAAAAACUCAUUAGAAACAUCUACUGCUAAUGAUAUAAUUUUUACGGUAGAGUCUUCUAGUCUGAAUCAAUUGUCAUACAAAGAGGCUAACAAUAUUGAAGAAAAUGUUAUUCAAUUAGAUAAAAAUGGUAUUGAAUCAGCUAAUACUAGUAUUUCUUCAAAUAUACCAGAAACCAAUAACCUACAAAAUGCAAAUGGCUUACAAAUGGAUCCAGGAUCUUUUGACAUUAUUUUGCUGAUAGAUAAAAAUGAAACGGGCGGACUCACAAAGAAGAAUGAUCCAACUGUGGUUGAAUUUAAAAAAUAUCCUAACUUACUGCAUGAAUACCGAAGUCUUAAAAUUGGAGAUUUUACUUGGAUAGCUAGACACAAAAAUUAUAAAGAUCAGGAAUUCGUCUUGCCAUAUAUUGUUGAAAGAAAAAGAAUGGAUGACCUAGCAGCAAGUAUUAAGGAUGGAAGGUUUCAUGAGCAGAAAUUCAGGCUUCGACGAUGUGGCAUUCAGAAUGUUAUUUAUUUGGUGGAAAAUUAUGGAAGUAAUACAAAUUUGGGAUUGCCAAUACAGUGCCUCAUGCAAGCUUUGGCCAAUAUUAGAGUAGUGGAUGGUUUCACUAUCCACAUAACUAAGUCUUUGGUUUUCUCUGCAAGAUUUUUGGCGAUUCUCACUAAAAGACUGACUGUUAGAUACAAGAAUAAAAAAUUGAUAGGAAGCGACAAACCACCAGAACAAAAUGUGCUAAUGACAUUUAAUUAUUUCAAUAAAUCAUCGGCAAAAAAUAAGGCAUUAACUGUCACUGAAGCAUUCAUAAAAAUAUUGCUUCAGUUAAAAGGAGUUUCUGUAGAGAAAGCUGUUGCAAUAACAAGCCAGUACAAGACACCUCAUUCCCUUAUAAACGCCUAUAAACUUUGUAAUCAGAAGGAAGGUGAACUAUUGCUUGCUAAUUUGAAAUAUGCUGACUUAAGUCGGAAUGUAGGUCCAUCUGUUAGUAAGGCAAUCUAUCAAUUGUUUUCUAAGACAGCAUGA